UAUCCGAAACAAUAUAAUAUGUCACUGUGGCAUCGUUGCCUUUCUGUCAACCGGUCAAGUUUUCGGAUUGUCUUGUCACAUCGCCACAAAUUGUACACUGAAUAAAUGAUAAAUGCAUGCAACACCAGCUAAUCGCAUUCGUGAUUAACCAAAGGUGGAACCAACAUGGCUGUUGUUUAGAGAGACAAGUGAAACAAGUGAGCGACGACGACUGAUUUUGUACAGGUGUUUUUACGAAUGUUGAGUGUUAGGGACGUUCAGGAUGUCUUCUUCAGCUAUCUUUAUUUUGGACGUGAAGGGGAAGGUGUUAAUAUCAAGGAAUUACAGAGGAGAUAUUGACAUGGGUGUAAUUGAAAAGUUCAUGCCUCUGCUGAUGGAAAAAGAAGAAGACAGUAUGCUUACACCAAUUUUACAAACAGCUGAAGCCACCUUCAGCUACAUCAAAACCAACAACUUGUACAUAGUGAGCAUAACGAAAAAGAACGCCAACGCGGCGCUCAUUUUCGUAUUCCUGCACAAAAUCGUGCAGGUAAUGUCCGAGUACUUCAAAGAACUCGAAGAGGAAAGCAUACGUGAUAAUUUCGUCGUCAUUUAUGAACUGAUGGACGAAUUACUUGACUUUGGCUAUCCGCAAACCACGGACAGUAAAAUCCUUCAAGAGUACAUCACUCAAGAAGGCCACAAGUUGGAAAUACAGCCGAGAAUCCCCAUGGCUGUGACCAAUGCAGUGUCAUGGCGCUCCGAGGGUAUAAAAUACCGAAAAAACGAAGUUUUUCUCGACGUAAUCGAAUCGGUUAAUCUCCUCGCCAAUGCAAAUGGCAAUGUUCUACGGAGUGAGAUCGUCGGCGCUAUUAAAAUGCGUGUUUAUUUGUCUGGCAUGCCGGAAUUGCGGCUGGGGUUGAAUGAUAAAGUAUUAUUUGAGAGUACAGGGCGCGGUAAGUCGAAGUCUGUCGAGUUGGAGGAUGUAAAGUUUCAUCAAUGCGUGCGCCUGUCACGGUUUGAGAAUGAUCGCACUAUUUCGUUCAUUCCACCUGAUGGCGAGUUUGAAUUGAUGUCAUAUAGACUAAACACGCAUGUGAAACCUUUAAUUUGGAUCGAAUCGGUGAUUGAGCGACAUGCGCACAGUCGUGUUGAGUACAUGAUUAAAGCCAAGUCGCAGUUUAAACGACGUUCAACAGCUAAUAACGUUGAGAUUAUUAUCCCGGUGCCUGCUGAUGCGGACUCGCCAAAGUUUAAGACUACAAUCGGUAGUGUUAAAUACGCUCCGGAGCAGAAUGCGAUUACAUGGUCGAUUAAGUCUUUCCCAGGUGGUAAGGAAUAUCUGAUGAGGGCGCAUUUUGGUUUGCCUAGUGUUGAAUGUGAAGAUCUUGAAGGCAAACCGCCGAUUCAGGUUAAAUUUGAGAUUCCGUACUUUACCACUUCUGGUAUACAGGUGCGUUAUUUGAAGAUUAUUGAAAAGAGUGGCUACCAGGCGCUGCCAUGGGUGCGCUACAUAACACAAAAUGGCGACUAUCAGCUCCGAACGAACUAAAGUCUAUCGUCGAUGGCUGCAACUUACUUUCACGUUUUACUACGUUUCUAUUAUCAAUUUUUAUGUUUUGUGCGCAUUAUUAUGUCGAUUGCAAUAUACGAGUCGUUUGAAUAUAUGAAUAACUGGCACAAUAUUACAGAAAAAUGAAAUAAAAAUACAACAUAUUUUAAAA